GCGAGGACGACACCACGAAGAAGAGCGUCUGAGCUGUGUCGCACGUAUCUCUGAUCCAGUUCAACGACACGACGACGGCUGGUCUUUGAUUAUAUCACUUACUUUCAAAGAUGGUUCGAUCACAUUUUGGACCACCACGCCUGAAGUCCAGACCCUAUGGAGAUGGUCAUGGACAUGGUAUUGGACCCAAUGAAGGCAAUUACAACUCGAACUCCAAAGGUCGGAGAGAAGUCCAGGGUUACCAAGGAAAGGCCCCCUUUAACUGGAGAGAAUCUAGAGGUAGAGGACGACCCCCGGUUGUCAAAAGAGUCCCGCUAAUGGGAGAGCAAAGGGAGCCACGUUUCAAUCACUGGAAGUCCCCAAAUCAGGAUUCCUUUCAAUCAUACCCUCCCAAAAUGGAACCACACCAUAACCAGAGGAGGCAUUCUCCAUCUAGGCAAAACCGCACCCCCCACAUUCAGCAUCAUUCAUCCUCUCGCAGUCCUGCACAAGGAUCCCCAAGUCAAAGGGGCCCCCCAUUUCAUGGCCACCCCUCAAGUCACAGGUCACCCUCCCCAAGACAUUUUCGCAACCACCCAGGCGACAGGAAGCCAGGUCCUGCACCACCCUACCAGGGGUCUUUCAGGGGCCACAAAAGGCAGUCAGGUUUCCCCCAUCAGGAUCAAAGGAGUCGAGACCCUCGUGGGAAUUACAACCCCAGAGAAAGACCCUAUGAGCACUCAGGUCACGGCAUGAAGCGCUGGAACGAACCUGGAGUGUUCUCUCAUCUGCACAAUGGAGAGCACGGGCCCUCUGGGUCACAGAGGAGCCCCAGAGAGAUGCAGGGGAGAGGCUCAUGUCCAGAGAGGUGGUCAUCUGAGCAAGACUCCAGGCGGCAGCGUGGUCCGGUGGAGAGGCAGGGCAGCAGAUCCCACAGUAGAGAGCGGGCACAAGAUGUCCCUCACCUGCCCCCUUUCAGAUCCCCCUCAUGGAAAGGAGGUCCAUCACCAUCAUCCUCCUACCACAGAAACCCUCAGGAGAGGCUAAUGGCAGGACCCCGCAAGAGGAGGAUAUCAGACAUCAACCUGCCCUCCUCAGACCCUGCAAUGGAGCAUGGCAAUCCAAAACACGCCAGGAGAGAGAGACCUCAGCUACUCAGCAUUCCCAGGCAAUUUGGUGGUAAACCUAUGCCUCUCAGGGAUAGAAGUCUAGUAGUUAGAGGCAGACAAAUGAGAGCAGAGUCUCUCAUGAGGCUCAGAAUACCUCCAUCCAUCAAACCCAAGCCUCGUCUGGUUGAUUCUGCCUCACGGGGAAAUGUCAGCUCAGUUCUAGCUAUCAGGAAGAAGCGUUUCCAGUCAAAUGCAGUUCCCCUGAAAAAGCAGGAACCAAGGAGGGAAAAACCACAAGAGUCGCCUGAGAGAGAAGAAGAAAAUUCAAGCAAGUCCUCGAGAGACUCUGAUAGCAGAAAAGAACAGGUGGAGUCUCGCCGGUCCUUGAACACACACAGAUCUUCUCCCAUAGAGAAACGUGACCUUGUUGUUUUGUCCCACUGGCCUCCCGGGCCAAGCUCAUCCUCCAAAGACGACUCACCUUCAAAGGAUCACAGCCCAAAGCCCAAGACUGAGCGCAGUUCCGAUGCAGAUGCUGCAUCAAGCAGCCGACUGUCAAAGACUGAUUCCAGAUCUUCACCUGAAGACAGAAGACAGGAAUAUUUGGAUAAGAGAAUGUUUAGACCAUUUAAUAUGAUGCAUGACAACCACAGAUCUGGGAGACCUUUCAGGAGACCAGGACCCGGACCCGGACCCAUGCAGGUGAGUAGACAAAGGUUCACUGGUGGUCCAAGGAAGACAGGCCCAGAACUAUCAGGAAAUGUUAGAAGACCACUCAUGGAGAGCUUAGUGAUGCGCCCCUUCCCGAAUCAGAGACCAGUUUUCAGAAAAAGUCACACUAUCAUGUCCAAAUACCGCAACAUGAGAGUGAUGCGUCAGCGAGUGCCAUAUAACAGAGGACCCAACCAACAACGCUGGUGAUAAGCUCAGCACAGUCUCUGUCUGCAAUAUGAGGGUGGAGAACAUGGUGCUGGAUGGACACACACCCCCUUCCCCACUACAAUCCCAACCUACCUGUACAAUGUGGAGUUGUUGUUGCUUACAUUUGUUCCCAAGUGUUUCAGUUGCAUCUCUGAAGUAUUGCAGUACUUUAUUUUAGGAUUUUUGUAAAAUACACAUUGUACUGUCCUGCUUCCCCCCCCCCCCCCCCGUGUAUAUGAUGAUUUGAGAGUUGCUGCUGUAAUAACUGCAGUCUUUAUUUCACUUUAAUAGUUUUUGCAUUUUCUUUUCCUACCAGCGACAAAUCUAUCAAGUUUGUUAAGUCAAAGAAAUGUUUACUUUAAUAUCCCAUCUUAAUGUUUUGUGAAGACUUAUCACAUGAAACGUCCUGUUUGAUUAAUCAUGGGUGUAUUGAUUAGACGCUGAAGCUUGUCAAAUGACAAUUAGCUACCACUUGUAAAACUUGUAUAAUCACAUGUUCAGUUUAUUGUUUGAGACUUGAAAUAAAGUUUAACAAGCUCUA